CACAGCUUAUCAAUCUCUCAGUUGAUCAGGCCUUGUCAUAACAAACGGUUAAACUUUGAAAUAACUUGGGGGAAAAAAGUGGAUAAAAGGCGGAUAAAUGAGAAUUAUGGAUAAAGUUUUAUGUGGGAAGAAGUACUAAUAAAAAAAAAGGAUUUGAAUAAAAAUUACAAUAAAUUGAAAAACAAAAAUAUUAAAAACUAUAAAAAUAUCCUGCGAAAAAGGAUUUUUGACAAAAAAAGUGUGUUUUAAAUUAUUUAAAAAUAAAAAAAGUGAAAAGUGUUUAACAUUUUCUCAAAUGUAAAAUUAAAGAAAAUUUUAAAAGUGAACUAAAUAUAAAAUAAUUACAACGUUUUUGUCUAAUAGACGAAAACCCGUGAGUAGUGUUUUUAAAAUUCUACAAAAAAUUUACUUCAAAAUUAUAAAAAUAACGUGUUUUUCCAUUAAUUAAACUAAGGAGUUUUACUUAAACCUUGAUCUAUUAUCUGCUUAAGAAAAACUUUAAUCAGUUCAACAUGGAUGCACAAUACGAUAAAUUAUCACAACAACAAAUAAAUAUUUUACAAAUUGAAAAGGACUCACAGCAAAAACAAAGUAUUACCUAUAGCAAAGAUGUGGCUUUGCUUUCAGUUUCUAGUUCCAACAGUGACAGCAGUUCCGAAGUGGGUCGUGAAAAAUGGGGCAAAGAAAUUGAGUUUCUAUUUUCCUGUAUUGCCUUAUCGGUGGGCCUGGGCAAUGUAUGGCGUUUUCCCUUUAUAGCUUUGGCUAAUGGGGGUGGAGCCUUUGUUAUACCUUAUAUAAUAGUAUUACUGCUAAUUGGAAGGCCGGUUUACUAUAUGGAGGUAAUAAUAGGACAAUUUUCCAGUAGGGGCUGUAUCAAGGCCUUCGAUAUGGUGCCGUUAAUGAAGGGUAUAGCCUAUGGUCAAGUUUAUGCCACAGCCUUGGCCACCACCUAUUAUGCCAGUAUUAUGGCCUUAACUUUAAAAUACUUAAUAGCUUCUUUAUCGGAUGUAUUACCCUGGACCUAUUGUCUAACAGAAUGGGGUUCAAGUUGUAUAGCCACUUCUGAGUCAUUAGAUCAGGGGGCUAAUGUUACGGACAUAAAACGCAUUUCCUCGGCAGAGUUAUUUUUCACCAAAACAGUUUUGCGUGAAAGUGAGAAUAUUGAUGAUGGGUUGGGUUCUCCCAAUUGGGAUUUGGUGGUGUGUUUAAUGUUUGCAUGGCUGAUUAUAGCGGUAAUUCUAGCCAAAGGCAUACGUAGCUCGGGUAAAGCCUCAUACUUUUUGGCCAUAUUUCCCUAUAUUGUUAUGUUUAUUUUACUGGGAAGAGCUUUGACUUUGCCCGGUUCUUGGGAUGGUAUAGUGUACUUUUUGAAACCACAAUGGAGUGAGUUAUUGAAUCCUAAUGUUUGGUACAAUGCCAUCACACAAAUGUUCUUCUCCUUGGCCAUAUGUUUCGGUACAUUGGUCAUGUAUGCUUCCUUUAAUAAUUUCCGUAAAAAUGUUUACCGUGAUGUCAUCAUCAUAACCAGUGUUGAUUCAGUUACCUCUAUCCUAGCCGGCUGUAUUAUUUUUGGCAUUUUGGGCAAUUUGGCCUAUGAAACGAAGACCUCAGAUAUUGCCAAUGUUGUGAAAGGAGGAGCUGGUUUGGCAUUUAUCUCUUAUCCUGAGGCUAUAGCAAAGUUUAAAUUUUUACCUCAAGUUUUUGCCGUUUUAUUCUUUAUGAUGCUUUUGGUCUUGGGCAUGGGCAGUAAUAUUGGCAUGGCCUCGUGUGUUAUCACCGUUAUAAAGGAUCGUUUUAAUCAUUUGCCUCAUUGGUUCCUAUCGACGGCCAUGGCAGUGGUGGGCUUUUUGUGCGGCAUUGUCUAUAUGACUCCUGGUGGACAAUUUGUUUUGAAUAUGGUGGAUUUCUUUGGCUGUUCAUUUAUAGCUUUGUUUUUGGCCAUCGCUGAGUUGAUAGCGGUGGGUUGGAUUUAUGGUGUCAAGCGUCUCUGUCAGGACAUCGAAUUUAUGCUGGGCGUUAAGACCAGUUUGUAUUGGCGCAUUUGCUGGUCCAUCAUUACUCCCGGUUUAAUGUUUUUAGUGUUAAUUUAUACCCUAAUCACAUUAGAACCUUUGCAAUAUAAAAAUGUGGCAUAUCCCGAAUUGGCGUAUAAUUUGGCGUGGAUAAUGUGGGCCAUAGGAGUAGGUCAGCUGCCAUUAUGGGCUCUUUAUACAAUUUAUCAACAAAAAGGAGAAACAUUUAAAGAGAAAUUCUCCAAUUCUCUUAAACCCCGCUGCCAUUGGGGACCCUUGGAACCCAAACUAUUAGAGGAAUAUUUAGCAUACAGAAAAGCUCUGUCGCAAGACUAUGAAGAUGAGGACACAAGUUUAUGUUCGCGAUUUUUAAAUAAUAUUUUCCAUUAGUUAUUUUAUUUCAAAAAAAUAAUUAGUUUAAUUAUUAGAAUAUUAAUUAGUAAUUACGAUGUUACAGUGCCAAAACUAAAAUGUAUCCAACAGAAUUAUUAUGUAUUGUGUUUUCUAAGAAAAUAUUUGUAUUAACAAUAAAAUUUAUACAAAAAAUAGU